UGGAAAUCUUCGCGUUCGCAAUGCUCAUUCUAAUUGCGCUCCAGUCACGUGAUUAGUUACGAUCGUUGCUUCCGCACAAACUAAGAAAUUCGAUCGGAGUGUUGUGAUAAGUACGUUUAUUAUUGUUAUUACUUUCUAUAUCGACUUGUCGGAAGGAUUGUAAAGUGCAAUUGUAUCCAGAGUAUAGAUUGAAGUCAUGUGCUUUCGGUGCGCCCCAGUGUGCGCACAGGCCUGGUAUGCGGCAAUUCUUCCUACGUCAAGGUAGAGCUAAGAACGUCAGCGUGCUGUGAAGGAAGCAAAAUAACAAAAACAAAAGCCCAGAGAUCACGCGGCUGUAGAGUACGCGUGGGGUCCGCGGAAAAUGUGGUGCACCGCGCUCGAGUGAGGAACACUCCCCGAAAGAACAGAAGGGUAAUCCCCGUUUCGAUCAAAACUGCAUUGAAAUAGUACGCAUUAUAUAAUGCACUCGCUUUGGUUAACUGGCAGACUUCUGUCGCGCGCUAUCUGGAAUGGCAUUGCUAACAUCUCCUCGUCCACGGUGGACCCAGCUCUGCAGAAGAGAGCGGACCCGCAGCUGGUCAGCGCGGUCUGCGGUUUCUCGAAGGACAAGAAGAUCGAGAGGUUAGUUCACGGACAAUUCGGAGACGACGCCUGGUUCACCAGCAAGACCAAAAACGCAGACAUUCUAGGUGUCGCAGACGGCGUCGGGGGUUGGAGAGCGUAUGGGAUAGAUCCUGGAGAAUUCUCCUUACAUCUAAUGAGGACUUGUGAGAGGCUUGUCAAGCUGGGAAAGUUCAUACCAAAUAACCCUUCCGAUUUAUUAGCUAGAAGUUACUAUGAGCUGCUACACCACAAGAAGCCAAUUUUAGGCAGCAGCACAGCAUGUGUAGUAAUAUUAAACAAAGAAAAUAGUACAUUAUACACUGCCAAUAUCGGUGACAGCGGUUUUAUGGUGAUGAGGCAUGGCAAAGUGAUCCACAAAUCAGAUGAGCAGCAGCAUUACUUCAACACACCGUUUCAACUAUCACUGCCGCCCCCAGGCUACCAAGCGGACGUCCUCUCAGACCAACCUGACACCGCUAUGACUGAAAACUUCCCCGUUGAAGACGGCGAUGUCAUAUUGCUUGCAACUGAUGGAGUAUUUGAUAAUCUACCGCAUAAAUUGCUCGUGAACGAACUUCAAAAGGUUCAAGGUGAGAGAUGCGCGACACGGCUGCAAACGGUGGCUAACUCUAUAGCCUGGAUGGCACGAAAUCUUUCGUUCGACGAGACUUUCAUAUCGCCUUUCGCAGAAAGCGCGUUUGCUAAUGGUAUCAACACAAUAGGUGGAAAACCGGAUGACAUCACGGUGAUUCUAGCGACGGUGGCGAUUUAAUGAAAAGUUUACAUUUCAAGAGGACGUUGAAUCAUUUUUGAUAUUAUAUGUCUUGUGU